AAGUUCCUCCAAACUGUUAUCUUGCUGACAGCAAUUUCACCAAUUCAACCAACACCAAUCGCGCUUCCUGUUGAACAAGACGGAUCCGGUCAUCGAGAAACUAUUAUUCCCUUGCCACCUACUAAAGAAGAUCCAGCAGGGUUUAGUGGUACAGCAGGUGGACUUAGCGAUAAUGGUACUUUUGUUACGCCUCAAGCGGCCAACUCAAGUGUAAUUCUUGCAGUUGGUACGACCUUUCAAAAUUGGGAAAAUGUGGAUGAAUUUCUUGAACUUUACGGUCGAGAACGGGGAUUUGUUGUCAGAAAAAAACGAGUUGAAAGAGAUGAAAUGGGAAUGGUUAGAAAAAGAACGUACGAUUGUGAACACGGAGGACGAUAUACUCCAAAAAAAAAAGCAGCAGUACAUGAGCAACGCAAUCGAACGUCUAAACCACAACCAUCAACAACUCAAGCGAUUUCAUCACCUAGAUAUCGCAGUGUGUUGGAAGCAGCAUCACCAAAGAAUCGAAAUUUACCAAAAGCAGUCCUUGAUGAUAUUGAAUUUUAUACGCUUCAUGGUAAUUUGGGAGUUACCACUCAACGACAAUUAUUGAAAGCGAAGUAUCCGAAUCAUCAACUUCCGGCACGUGACAUUGCUAGCGCAGUGCAAAAAUUUAAAGGAGGGACCGAUUUAAAAGGGUUAGAUAAUGACGCUGCAAAACUUUGGAUCUGGGAAUUGGCGCGAAGAGCAACACAAAUCGCGGUUGAUCAGCAAGAUAACAGUUUGGAGGAACUUCUACGACGUUACAUCAGAGAAAAGGAAGAUCGUAUUGGGAGGCAAACAUCUCAAACAACUCAACAAUAA